AUGUCUGCUUCCGAAGUUGUCAUGACCCAAACCAAUGACGAACAUACCUUUCUCAACCACGCCGCCAGUUAUAACCACCUUCCUGAUCUGGCGGCGGCACAAGCAGCGGCUCACCCUGGCCUCCGAAGAACAUUCUCCGAUCUCACACAGCCGACCCAGUCUGAUUCGCCGUCGAAAGAGGAUGUAGCGGCGGGCAAGGAUAUUUUGCGACGGACCUCCAUCCGGUCCAAGAACAAGCCCACCAUUGCCGUCUCGCGGUUCACUGUGUCCGCGGAGGACUUGUCGGAGCCGACCACCGGUUCAGACGCACCUCCAUUGCCGGCCAAAGAUACCACCGAAGCGAGGCCGCCGUCUCCCGUUGCUCGUCCCUCAAAAGCUCGAUCGAUGUCAGGGAGAUUGGUCAGCUUGGCUCGGAAACCAUGGCUAUCAAAUUCACCUCCAUCGGGGAAGAGUUCUCGGCUUCGAUCCCUGCGGACGGAGGACCAAUCGUCGUUGAACCCGCCCGCAGCAUCAUCUAGUUUAUCACGAUCGAGUCUACAAUCGGACUCGGGUACUGAAUCCGAAAGCAUGACCCCCGCGCGCCGAAAAACCAUCCUCAACAAGCGACCGCGACGCCCGAUGGUUGCUGUCGUCACUCAAAGCCGAUCUGACGGCCCGAGUACCCCCAGCAGCGCAUCGCCUCAGUCGCUGAUGCCAAGACAGUCCCUGGAAAAGCUGGCUGCAUCACUCAACGUCUCGACACCAGUGCUUCCCCCAAUGCCUAAGACGCCAGUCACCGCGACUCUAAGCUCGAGCAUGGAAGCUCCACGCAAAAAGGACGAAUUGUGGGGGGUGUUCCGCAAUCUCGAGGCAGAUUUCCAAAAAUUCCAGUCCAAGUCUAGUGCUUUGAAGGCAAAUGUCAUUCGCUCUUCCCUGUUGCCCUUUCUCAAUCGCAGUUAUUCGCACUCGUCAUUCAAACAGCUGCGUCCUGAGGACCUAGACCGUCGCGUGAACAUUCUUAAUAAGUGGUGGAUUGGUUUGAUGGAGAUGCUGAACGGCAAGAACAAUCAAUCUAUAUCCGGAACGGAUAGACCUGUAUAUCUGGAAGCGGUGGUGGGAAUAAUGACGCGGCCGGAAUGGAGAAUACCCUUCCCCAUGCCCCCAUCAAGUCGAAACUCGUCGAGGUCCUUGAAGCAUGCAUCGACGUCGAUCUCUGAGUCCUCGGAUGGUUCCUCAGGCUCGGACUUUCUUUUGGAGUCUAUCCACCACAACAUCAGGAAUAUCUUCAUUCAGAAUCUGCUCUCCCAGAUGGCUUUUGUGGUGGAACGGAUGUCGAUGAGACAUGCUCCGGCCAGCUUAGUCGCUUUCUGCGGGAAAGCCUGUGCCUAUGCAUUCUUUUUUUGUCCUGGCGUGGCAGAUAUCCUUGUGCGGUUAUGGAAUACACCCACGACCAUCUUCCGGCGGAUACUCGACCAGUCAAAGCUGGAAAAGGGUAGCGGAACACGGGCGUUGGCCCAGGAACUCACCGCCAACUUUCCGGCUGCCUUGCGGAAUCUAUCAUUCUAUGCCCACACGCCACUUGUUCGAUACCUUCGUCAGAAACCCGAUGUUCCCCUAAGUACCGCUCAAAUCCCGUGGCAGAGUCCUUGGGCAACACGAUGGUGCGGUCGAGACACAGAUCUCUUUUUUGUCUUUGUGAAAUACAUCCAUGUGCUUUAUGCGGAUGCGCUGCCACCGGAGCUAGAAAAGUCGAAACGUAUCCUGGCUCCUGGCCUGUUACCUAUUCACUCACAGCUGCUAGUCGUUCUCGAGGAUACACUAUACAAACAGUCAGUACCUCUGCUACCCGAUAGCACCCAUACCGCAUCAGCCGUCACGUUCGACGACUUCAUCGAAGGUGCCGAUGCAGCUGUCUCAGCACUUCCUCUAGGAACCGCGAACAGCCAUCGCUUGAUGGCUGAAAAUCGUCUGAUCAUUCUGCUUCGGGAUUUUCUUUCGGAAUCUUCUCUCGAACCGGACCAUGCCAGGCUAUUGUACGCGGAGUCCUUCGGUACCAUUAUGAGAGCAGCAGCCGAGAAAACUUCCCUGUUCGAUCACAACGCGUGCUUCCUUUUGUGUGACUUUGUUGAAGAGGUCAUUCCCAUUAUUACACGGUAUUCUCUUUCCAUGGAAGUCGACUUGUUCGAUUGGAAGUUCUGGUUGAAGGUUUGCCGUCAGAUGAUGCAGAGCCACAAUUCUCUCACGGAAGUGCGUGUCUUCGCCUUUCUCUUCUGCAUCUGGAGUACCUGGACUGCUUCGGAAGAGAGAAAAGCCGAUCUCUGUCUGCACUUUCUCUUGGACGAGCUCGUGUUUUACCAUUAUUUCAGCCACUGGAGUCCUAUGGUUCGGGCUUACUUUCAGCGUCUAUUGUGUUGGAGGUUAGGUCGAUUCAGCGAUGAUCCGACACCGCUCGACACCACCAUAUAUGAGACACUCUAUAACCGGCUGCAGCGGACCUGGAAGUACUAUUUGGCCUUCCAGGCCAAAGCCGAGGAAGACAUCUCGGCACCUUUAUCGUCCGCUCCCUGUACACCAGCGCCCGGGCGUCGGAUCAUCAUCAUUCGGUGCGACAACCAGCUGUCUCCAUCUAGUUUCUUCGUUUCUUUCGAUCGGGUCAUCCCCCCAACUCCCGUGGAGAAGUCAGCACACUCAAAUAAUAGCUUGUCGAAACCAGAGUCCACGGAGAAUCAGCCGCCCGCGAAGAAGAAAUGGAGUAUUCUGAGAGCUAUGUUCGGAGGUUCGUCCAGUUCAAAGAAUGGCGGUGAAGGGUCGUCGUCCAGUAGCUCGGACGAAUCAGACUCGUCUGGUUCUGAUGCUGUAGGGGCCGCGGAGAAGUCCCAAGACAAUCAGUGGCGGCAGCCCAACGGGCCUGGGGAACUGGUUCGGCCCCGAACAGCGCACCAGCCGUACUCUUUCAAGUUUUCGCUCGAAUGGAUGGAUCGGCCUCAGUGGCCGAGUAAGAACAAGCGACUGUUCACCCCUUGCCUCCCCGUGGGGGCGCAGCUACACCUUCAGCUGCGGAAGACCUUGGCCAAGCAAUCAGAGUGCGAUACGACGUCAGAGUACGUGUCCGCGACUGAGGGCGAUGAAGACGGUAUGAGCGAGGGACCGCAGACCAACCCCUACUCGGACGACCCGGAGGAGACGCCAACGGAAGACACUGCCGACUCCGAACAGACGACGGAUGAGCUAGACUACAAACUUGCCAUGAACGAUCGGUUCGCGGCAAGUAAAUAUGCCGGCCGAGCGCUGGCGGAGUGGGCGCAGAUUGUAUCGGAGUGCGACAACUUCUUCGCGCGCCGACGCGACGAGGGUGUGCCCUGCGACCGACUGGUUGAAACCCCAACGCUGGGCGUUGAGAGUUUCCGCAAGUGA